UUUUUUAUGUUUUUUGUUUUAGAUAUUUUACGCAAGUUGUGCAGAGCAUUAGAGGGCGAAAACAACGCUACAGGAUCGUGCUGUAGACUUGAUCUGAAAGUGUAACGUCUGUAAUUUUGUUUGCAAAAAUAAUUUUAUUGCCUCUUGAACAGAGACACGCAAACGGAAGCGUGGGUACGAGUUUGUAUGUGUCUUGUGAGGGAAAAAACGACCCCGGCAGUCGCCUUUCAGCAAUAAUAAUUUGUAGUUGACCAGAGCUGCUUAUCAGACCCAGCCAUGAACAGGCACUGGAGGAUAUUUUCACACUGUCUCUUUAAAAGUCAGACACACAGUGUACUCUCAUCUCCGAUUAAUAGCUUUUUGCCCUGGUUUCCAUUCACAUGCUCUGCACCUUCACGUACUAAUUCUAGCAACAUUAAGAUGCGCUCUUACUUACAGUUUGUAAAAAGAAAAAUCAAAGGUGCUACAGCCCCUCCAUACAAUCAGGUGUGCCAGGUUGGAGACCCUGUGUUGCGUUCCCAGGCAGCGGCGGUAGACCCUGGUGCUAUUCAGGGACCUGAAGUGCAAAAGGUCAUAAAGUGCCUGGUCAAAAUCAUAAGAAAACAUGAGUGUGUUGGUCUAAGUGCACCCCAGAUUGGCGUUCCUUUGCGGAUAUUAGCCAUGGAGUAUCCAAAGAAAAUGCUUGAGGACAGCUCAGCAGCCUCUGUUGAAGCUCGGGGUUUGAUGGCAUUCCCACUGAUGAUUUUCGUAAACCCACAGUUGCGUGUAUUGGAUGGACGGACUGUUACCUUUCAAGAGGCUUGUGAGAGCAUCUGUGGAUACUCUGCAUCCGUUCCACGCUAUGUUUCUGUAGAGGUCUCAGGUCUAAAUGAGAAAGCAGAGCCUGUCACCUGGCAAGCAAGUGGGUGGCCAGCCAGAAUACUGCAACAUGAAAUGGAUCACCUGAAUGGAGUGUUAUAUAUUGAUCGUAUGGACAGUAAAACCUUUAUUAAUGUUAACUGGGAAGAGUAUAAUGAAUAAACCUUUGCUUACUUAUACCUUA